AUGACAUAUUAUGACAACUGGAGCGGGUUUCUCCAGGAAGCGCGCUCUCUGUUUUGCGGUCGGCCUCUGAAGACUCGCUACUCGGUCAAGUACGUGAAGGGAGAAAAGUGCCUGGUGCUCAAAGUGACCGACGACAGGAAGUGCUGCAUGUUCAAGCUGAGUCGCCAGGGCAACUUGCGACAAUUGCAACAGUUUAAUCAGCUGUUCCUCAACUGGUCGCUUUCCAGGGACACCGAGAAUCCCGAGGCUCUGCCGCUCAAGGUUACUGCCGCUAAACCGAAGUCAAACCGGAAAGUGAAUGCUCGCAACUCGUGA